GCUUUUCGUGGUCGCAAGUCGCAGCUUAAUAAGACCACGGACAGCCUCCGGAAGACCGGUUAAGGUAGGAGCGCCUCAAAAAAUAGAGCGCGCGCUUUGCCGUGCUCGCCCACUGGGGAAAAACCACAAACAGGUCUCGGCUCCUUGGCGCCACCCUUCUUCCAGAUUUUCUUCUUCCAUCCCUCUAUCCAACUCAGGUAAGCUCCCACAUUACGCCUUUUGGGGAAAAACAGUUUCCACUCAGAUAUCAUCAUCUGCACGAACCCUAGUACUCUGCACUUCUAAGAGAAAUGCCCUCUUCUAUUGUUCUCGACGUGGUGAAUUCUACGCUGUAAAAAGUGACAAGUUUGAACUGAAAUGGUCUUGCUAUGGCCUGCUGUCGGCUGUCUUACAAUCACAUCUCCUCGUUUUGGAGAACUAUUGAUGGGAUAGGAGGGUGGAUUUGGGCGAGUCCAAUGGUUGGAAGCAAGAUGCUAUGUGGCCGGUUGCCUAUGCAUCUCCGUUAUGGUUCAAUUACCUUGUCCAGAAAGGGUUGUUCCAAGCUGGCUAUUUUUCCAAAAUUCGAGCCACUUAUCGCUGCUCAAGCAAGGCACUUGCAAAGUGAUCCACUUGUUUCUUCGGAAGAUUUGAGAACCACAAGGCCCAUAAAAGCUGAUUCUUCAAAACUUAGCAAAAGUGAUGCCAGUGUAGAUCUUUUGAAUAAUCGAGUGAUGCUUGUUGACGGAACUGCAAUUAUGUACAGGUCUUACUACAAACUUAUUGCAAAGUUGCAUCGUGGGCUUUUGGAGCAUGCUGAUGGCAAUGGAGAUUGGGUUUUAACCAUAUUUACAGCUCUAUCGCUUCUAUUUGACGUGUUGGAAUUCAUGCCCUCUCAUGUUGCAGUGAUAUUUGACCAUGAUGGAGUUCCAUUUGGUCACACUACUACCAUGCCAUCCAAAGAAUCUUACAUGGCAAAAGGCUUGACUUUCCGUCACAUGUUAUAUCCCUCUUACAAAAGCAGCCGCAUUCCGACCCCUGAUACUGUUGUUCAGGGUCUUCAAUAUCUGAAAGCAUCCAUCAAGGCUAUGUCCAUUAAAGUCAUUGAGGUUCCAGGUGUUGAAGCUGAUGAUGUAAUUGGAACUUUGGCUGUAAACAGCGUUUCUGCUGGGUACAAGGUACGGAUUGUCUCUCCAGACAAAGAUUUCUUUCAAAUCUUAUCACCUUCAUUACGUCUUCUACGAAUUGCAUCACGUGGGUCUGGGAUGGUUUCUUUUGGAUUGGAAGACUUUGCCAAAAGAUAUGGAGCAUUACAACCUUCUCAGUUUGUUGAUGUUGUUGCACUUGCUGGCGACAAAUCUGACAAUAUUCCAGGAGUUGAAGGCAUAGGACAUGUAAAUGCUUUAAAACUUAUCACUAGGUUUGGUUCCUUGGAGAAUUUGUUGCAAUGUGCUGAUCAAGUUGAGGAGGAACGUAUCAAAAAGGCAUUGUUAUCAAGUGCCGAUCAGGCUCUUCUUUGCAAGAACUUGGCAACUUUGCGUUCCGAUCUUCCAUCAUACAUGGUUCCAUUUGAAACAUCUGACCUCGUGUUUCAGAAACCGCAGGACAAUGGAGAAAAAUGGAUAACCCUCUUGAGAGCUUUGGGAGCAUAUGCAGAAGGUUUCUCUGCAGAUCCUAUCAUCAGAAGAGCAUCUUAUUUGUGGAACAAACUUAGAACAUGAUUAAUUUGUGCUGGUCAUCGAGAAUAUCAGAAGUCCCCAGAGAGAUUAUCCUGGCCAAGAAAGGGCUAUCUAAGUGAAUAUCUUUUAUCAUUUGAGAUACAGUGCCCCUUCUGUGAUAUUGCUGCUGUUGUAAAUCGAACUGACAGUAGUGCUCGCAUGCGAUAUCCAGCUUGCCAAAGUUCCCACUGUUUUUCCUACACCACGAGGUAUCCCCUCGUUCUCUUUUGCUCGAAGGCCAUUGCUUUUGUUUUUUUUUUCUUUUUAAAUGUAUUGGAAGAAUAUUUUUUCUUCUUCCUAAGAUCCCAUCCUGAAGCACCAUUGAAGGGCGGCAUUAAUGCUAACAAGUGAUAACGAUUGCACCCUAAUAGCCUCUUUCUGUCAGAUUUCUAAUUGAAUAUGGAGGGGGGAUAUAUGUAUGUGUGUGUGUAUAUAAGUAUAUAUAUAUUAAAAGCCUAUGCUGUAUGUUGGAGGUUUGUGGCCCUCCGUGGAUGUUGGACCAUUUUGUCUCAAGUUGCCAGCCCUCAUGAGUGCACCAUUUGCCGAAGUUUAAAGACAGGAUAUUGAAGGGUGGGGGCGUCUGAUUAUUUAGAUCUUCGAUCGCAGUGAUUC